CCCGCCCCCGGCUCGCGGGAGCUGGAGCGUGGUAUUAAGCGUGCAGUAAUGCGGAGCGCGGCUGAGGGCAGCGGGACGGGGGAGGACGCUGGUGAUGUGCUGAUUUGUUUUGUGGGAGAAGCAGCCGCGUGCUAUAGACCGCUGUGCGCGAGCGAGCGAGGACAGAGCCCGAUGUAGGGCUGGACAUGCGCGAGCUCAGGUGUCUCGGCGCCGGGGAGGCGCUGCUCGUGCUCGUGCUCGUGCUCAUCCAGCUCGGUACAGCUCUAAAGUGUGUGUGUCAGCUGUGUGCGAAUCACACCUGUGAGACGGAGGCUGAGGGAGCAUGCUGGAACUCAGUGAUGCUGAUCAACGGGAAGGAAGAGGCUGUGAAGUCCUGCCUCUCUCCCAGCGAGCUGAAGGGCCAGGUGUUCUGCUACAGCUCCAGAAACGUCUCCAAACGCAACUGCUGCUUCACCGACUUCUGCAACAACGAGACUCUUCACCUCUACCCACAAACCGCGUCAGACGGUUCGAGCUGGGGCCGACUGGAGCUGGCGGCUGUGAUCCUGGUGCCGUCGUGCCUGCUGUGCGUGGGUGUGGUUCUGAGUCUGUGUGCUCUUCAGAAUCAGAGGUGUGUUCACAGUAAAGCUCGUAAACAGGACCCAGAGGAACCGCUCGACGACCAGAGUCUCGUCUCACCUGAAAAAUGCCUGAAAGAACUCAUCUUUGAUAUGAGCACAUCUGGCUCUGGAUCAGGAUUGCCGCUUCUGGUACAGAGGACGAUAGCGCGGACCAUCGUUCUCCAGGAGAGCAUUGGGAAGGGCCGGUUUGGAGAGGUGUGGAGGGGGAAGUGGAGGGGCGAGGACGUGGCUGUGAAGAUUUUCUCCUCUCGAGACGAGCGCUCCUGGUUCCGUGAGGCCGAAAUGUAUCAGACCAUCAUGCUGAGGCACGAAAACAUCCUAGGCUUCAUUGCAGCUGAUAAUAAAGAUAAUGGUUCAUGGACUCAGCUGUGGCUGGUGUCGGAGUACCAUGAGCACGGCUCUCUGUUUGAUUACCUGAACAGGUAUACAGUGUCUGUGGACGGUAUGAUUGUCCUGGCGCUGUCCAUCGCCAGCGGCCUGGCUCAUCUGCACAUGGAGAUCAUCGGCACUCAAGGAAAGCCUGCCAUUGCUCACAGAGAUAUAAAAUCCAAGAAUAUCUUGGUGAAGAAGAACGGGACAGCAGUGAUUGCUGACCUGGGGCUCGCAGUCAAACACGACUCCAACUCCAACGCCAUUGACAUCCCAGUCAACCACAGAGUGGGCACCAAGAGGUACAUGGCUCCUGAGAUUCUGGAUGACACCAUUAACAUGAACAGCUUUGAGUCGUUUAAGCGGGCGGAUAUCUACUCUCUGGGGCUGGUGUUCUGGGAGCUGGCCCGGAGGUGCUCUGUUCGAGGGAUUCACGAAGAUUUCCAGCUGCCUUAUUUUGACCAGGUGCCUUCAGACCCGUCCGUGGAGGACAUGAGGAGGGUGGUGUGUGAUCAGAAACUGAGACCCAGCAUCCCCAACCAGUGGCAGAACUGUGAGGCCCUACGAGUAAUGGGGAAGAUCAUGAGGGAGUGUUGGUAUGCCAACUCUGCUGCUCGCCUUACAGCUCUGCGUGUGAAGAAGACCCUCUCUCAGGUGACUGUCAUCAAGGAUGUUAAAGAGUAGUCUUAUGACCUUGGAGUGACCCCUCCAUCACUGAUCAGGGGACCACAUUGUAAAGACGUUUCUGAACGCUCUGUCUGUGAUGCCAAAGAACCCUAGUGUCUAGCAGUGACGCAUCCGCGGUGAAGUGUCUGACUGCAAUGGGAUUAUCCAGCUGCUGAGAGCAGGUCUGUUCUCAGAACUGUUUCAGUGACAGCGUGAAGGUGCAGGGGGUAUAUCUCCGCACUCGUGAAUGAGCACUAAUUCAGUCAUUACCUGGCUGUUUUCUUAAACACUACCUCUCCCCCCCCCCCCCCCCCCUCCACUCCAGAUAGCUCUCCUCAACAUCCUUCAUCUCUUCUUCUGUCAGCACUCCUCUUUAUCUCUCAUCUGCCCUUUUCUCAAUUCCCCCUCCUCCAGCUGCUUCACCUAAACUGUAGCAGUACUAGGACAGGCUGCAAGGAAAUGUUACAAAAGUUUUUUUUUUAUAUAUAUAAUAUUAAUAGUCUUAAGACUAUUGAUCUGUGAAACAUAUAUGUAACAAUAUUGUACAUCACUACUGCAAAAUACAUUUUAUUAAAAGCUAACUAAGGGUGGGAAUCUCUGCAGACCCCACUCUGGCCAUAAUACAAUCCUGCUGCAUUAUUUAAAACUUUGUGGCACACUUGGUAUUAAGGUAACUUUUUAUAUAAGUGCAUCUAAACAAAUUUUAUAUCAUUGAAAAGUUACUUCAUUUAAGUAUUUCAGUUCAAAAUGUAAAACUCAUAUAUUAUAUAUAUGUAUUACACACAGAGUGAUCUAUUUUAAACGUUAUUUAUUUUAUUGGUAAUAAUUAUGGCUUACAGCCGAUGAAAACCCAAAAAAUCAGUGUCUCAGAAAACUAGAAUGUUAUAUAAAACCAAUUGGUACUUUUGUCAGUGUGGGCAGUGUGCCAAGUCCUGCUGGAAAAUGAAAUCCACAUCUGAAUAAAAGUACAGAAGGCUCAGCCGUAUCGGUAUCUGUAUUUAAUGUUGAGUAUAAAUGAGCCUUUAGUGUGAACUAUGUCUGAAGAAAUGUAUACAUAUAUAUUAUCUCUAUAGGAAACUCAGCUAUUUCAGUCAAAUGUUUGCAUGUAAUUGAAAUAGUGCUUAGAUCAGGCCCGAGCCCGUCCUGAACCGCCCCAUAAACUCAUUAUGAGCCCGAGCACGAUUUAAACCAAUUUUUUGAGUACGUAGAGCGUUAAAACUGAGCUUUUUAAAAACAUUUUUGGGGUUGGUUAGAGUUCGGGUCAGGACUCGGGUCGGUUCGGGUUCGGGUAGAGAAUCUAAGCUCUAAAGCGAACUACUAGGAGGAGGGGUUUACAAAAAAAGUGCUCUAAUUAAUAAUAACAGCCUGUCUUUUAAUAUUGUAAUACGUCUUUCAAUCUCAUAAUACCACUUAAAAUCUAUAAAUCUGGAAAUGCUGCUCCCUGCACCUUUCAGAAUGCAAAGAUGGACUGCUGCUACCUCAAGUGUUUCUUUAAGUGCCAAAAGCUUUGAGUUGCACAUAAGCUUGUGCCAUAAAUGUUGUGGUUGAUUGUUAUGAUGUUAUGUUAUGUAUAUAUACUGUAUUCUGUAUGUGUACAUGGAUUAUUAUUAUUAUUGUUACUGAGCAAGACACUCAUGAGUUUGCCUGAUCGAUUCAGUUUUUAAUCAGUCAGUGGUACCACUUUAAAAAAAGACUUUAUAAAUGGUUUACAAUUAGUUUAUUAAUGGUUACUAAUUAGGUUGUAAAUGCCUUAAAAUCAUUAAUAAUCAGUUAUAACACAUACGUCAUAGGGCCAACAAUACAAAUAACUGUGGGUUCACUAUUUAACAAACAACAGGUCAUUGUUGCCCUUUCUACUUAUGUGUUAUAAAUAAUUAUUAAUGAUUUUUAAGGCAUUUACAACCUAAUUAGUAACCAUUAAUAAACUAAUUGUAAGUCAUUUAUAAACCCUUUAUAAAUGUAGUCUUAUUUUAAAGUGGUACCCAAUCAGUCAGUCUAUUGUUGAUUAAACUGUAAAUGAAUCACCCAGACAGCUAACAGAAAUGUCAUUUAUGAAGAAUAUUCCCUUUCUAUUUUUGUAAAGCCCUUCCAAGAGUAUAUAUAAAGGACCAAUAUAUCAGAAUGUACUUUAUAUAUUGCCUGUAAAUUUUGAAACACUACAGUACAUGUUGCUUCUCAAUCUAAUUUUAAAGCAGCUUUCGUGUGAAAGCUCGGAGAUUAGCACAGGUCGUGCUUGCUUUAGCAGAGAUCGUAGGAAGCCGUGUUGUUUUUCUAAUUGUUUCGAUUUCUGAACAACUCCUUUCAGCACUAUCACUUUCAUGUUGCAUUGCAUGGAGAUUUCCAUCCGCGAGCGUGACUUCCUGUAAAAGCUGUGUUAUUUUUCAGUGUGCAAAGAAAAGAAAAAAAAAAGGCCUAACAGCUUUUUGCUUUAGGAGAAUAGAUGAACUGGACACCCAGUAAGCUAUAUUUAUAUAUGUAUUAUAUAUGUUAAUUUGUAUUAAGUGCAAUAUCAAGUUCAAAAGCACAACUAAAAUUCAGCGUCUGAAGCCUUUUUGAGAUGCAUUAGUGCAGCUUGCGAAUGAAAAUGUGGGGGAAAAAAUAUGGUUAUUAAUGUGAAUGUUUUUUUUAUUCAUAUACUAUAUGUGCAAAUGUAUGUGGACACCCAUAUGCACACACAGAUUACAAUUCCGUGAAAAUUGGAGAGAUUUCUUAUAUUUGAGAAAUAUUACCAAUAAAUAAAAUAGGACUCUCUGGAGCAGAUAAACAUGAGCAUAUCUAUUGGCACCUUGCCUAAUUUAAUGGUGUGAAACAGGGAAACUGUGAAACUAUGUUCUCUGGAAUUAUUGUGAUUCAAUUAGGGAUUUGGGGAUGAGUUGUUUAUGAUGCUAAAUGCAACCAAAUCCUCACAGCAGUGCUUCAAAACUUGCACUAGUCAAAUGCAUUUAGUUUAUAGUAGAGUUUCUUAUUCUAACAUGAAUAGGAUAAACUAUUUUUAAUGCUUUAAAUCAUCUUGGAAUAAAUAAAUAAAAUAAAUAAGCAGGUGUUCCAAUACUUUUGCCCAUAUAGUUUACAGUAUUUGCUUUGGAAUGUUAAUGCAUGUAGUAUUACACCAACAAAACUCAAACACACACACACACACAGUCUAAGUCUUGGGCAAAAGCAGUCCUCAGUUUAAGAACAACUCUGGAAAAAAAUGAGAAAGAGAGACCACUUCAGUUUCGGAAUCAGUUUCUCUGAUUUUGCUAUUUAUAGAUAUAUAGAUUUGAGUAAAAUGAACAUUGUUGUUUUAUUCUAUAAACUACAGACAACAUUUCUCCUAAAUUCCAAAUAAAAAUAUAGUCAUUUAGAGCAUUUAUUUGGAAAAAAUGAGAAAUGACUGAAAUAACAAACAAGAUGCAGAGCUUUCAGACCCUCAAAUAAUGCAAAGAAAAAAAUUCAUAUUCAUAAAGUUUUAAGAGUUCAGAAAUCAAUAUUUGGUUGAAUAAACCUAGUUUUUAAUCAGUUUUCUCAUCCAUCUUGGCAUGUUCUCCUCCACCAGUCUUACACACUGCUUUUGGAUAACUUUAUGCUGCUUUAUUCCUGGUGCAAAAACAUUUGAUGGCUUGUGAUCAUCCAUCUUCCUCUUGAUUAUAUUCCAGAGGUUUUCAAUUUGAUAAAAUCAAAGAAACUCAUCAUUUUUGAGUGGUCUCUUAUUUUCUUCCAGAGCUGUAUAUGUAUAGCUUACUAAUAUUUUGCACAUAAAUGUAAUGCUGUACUGUUUCAGUACAGUACUGAUUUAUUUUUGGCCCCGAUUUGCACAUACUGGAUGAAAAGGUUUUUGGAAAAGAAAUGCCCAAAUGUAGAUGAUCAUCCAAGCCAGGUAUUAGAGCAGCAGGGAAUAUGAUGAUAAUUUUAUGGAUCAGGAGUUUUAGUGAACUGAGAACCGGUGCUGUUAUAACAGAGAAUAUGUGACUGUAACAGAUUGAAGAUCUAGAGUAAAGGUCAUUACCAGCGUAUGUACUGUAUGCAUAAGUGUGGUGUAGCAUGCAUCACCUUACUAUGUGCUCACUGUAGUUAUUGUGAGAAUUAACCCUUAAAAGUCUCAAUAUCUGUCAUUUGCUAUAAGUAAUUCUAAAAUUAUGUGCAGUUGCUGCCUAUUAACUGUGUCUAUAAUCUAGGUUACAAAAGCAUGGCAAGAAAUAUUUUCAACACAAGGUUAUACACAGCAAUAUAUCUUCAUUCAGUAAAUAUAUAAAUAUAGAAAAAUAAAAUUUGCGAAAAUUAAGCGAUAUCCUGCUUUCAGCCGAGUCUAUGUACAGUAUAUAUUGUCUAUAUAACUAUAUAAAUAGACAACACUUAACUACACUGACCUGGCUCAUGUCAUAGGACAGGAAGUAUUAUUGUGUCCCAUGAUUUUUGGCUUGACCCAUGGAUGCUAAAGAAUGCUGCACUGAUCUGCAUUGAAUGUAAAUGUGAUUUUACCAGAGUCACUUGUCUAUACACAAAAUAAUUCUAUCCAGCACCACCGGUCGCGAUCAUUACCUCCCACUGCCCUGUCCACUAUGGGUGGUAAUGCCUUCUAAAAAGCAUAAACUACAAUAAUAUACUAUAAAAGUAUUGCCAUGAGAGCACUCGCCAGUGUUUAACCUCACAAGAUAACACCUAAUAACAAAUAGAUUUGUUCUUCGCAUGGGGGCGGCCCUCAGUGGCUGUACGUUUCUCAUAGCAAGAAACAUCCUUGAUGGCAACAACUGCAUGAAUUAAAACAGACUAAUAUCAUAACAGCGCAAAUUAAUUCACUUAAUCAGAUCAGAUCUGAUUACAGCAUUAAUUCCCAACCCUGGUCUUUGAGAAAUCCAGUUUCUGCACAUUCCUGCUAUAAAGGAGAAAUUGUAGUGUGAAAUGGACUUGUAUGGGUUGUAGUAAAACAUGAUAACGAGAACAAACUUUUGUCGAAUAUCCCACUUCUGUUCGCUUUUAGCAUUUUGAAAUACAGCGCUUUUAGCUGAUGCUCCCAACCGGCUUACAGUAAUAGCAAUGGGGGCAUAAGCAUUGCAGAUGCAAAGAAAUUACUAUUUUUACACCAUUAAAAAGCUCGAAGUGUAAAUGCAUGAAUUCAGGCUGUUGCAAAAAAUAUAUAUUUAUAAUAUUCAUACAUUUCCAAGAUUUCCAAUUAAUUUUGCAAUCUGUUCCCCUUUUCCUACCUAUUCGUUCGUGCUUGUUUGUCAUGACUUCAAGAUGUAGGUAUGAAGGUGCUGUGUGUAUAAACAGUGUUUUUCAAUAAAUUACUUUUAAUAAACUUUCUCAGAAAGUUCUCAAUGCCUUAUUUUAAAUGUCGGCGCACUCAAAAUUCUACCAAUGAAGUGUGGAGCUACUUUGAGUUUGUUAAUGGUAUAAAAAUAGCAAUUUGUUGUUUGCAUGGGCAACUCUAUGCCCCUAUUUGCUUGUAUUGUAAGCCUUAAAGCAUUGUAUUUCAAAAUGCUUGGGGUGAACAGAGGUGGUCUAUUUGACAAAUGUUUGUACUCGUUAUUAUGUUUCAAUACACCACAAGAUCCAUUUUAACACCCGAUUUCUACUUUAAUUCACUACAUUUACCUGGAAAAGAGAAAGGGGGGCCCUCCAGAGGCAGGGUUGGGAAACACUGGUUAUUGAAAUUGAGUAGCAUGGCUCGGUUAGUUCUGUAGGCUUUGGUUAAUAAUAUAUAAAAUAAUAUAGAUAAUAUCCCUCUUUAUGGUAUGUAGACCUAAAAUUCAUAUACCUAUUAUACCCAUAAUGCAGCAUAUCACAGCCAUGGUGUUCACUGCCAUAUCAGAGAAACUACAGCAGAAUCUGUACCACCACUGUGCUAUACAUAGUAGAGUUUGGGUAGGCAUGAUUAAUGGAGCAUGGGCAUGCUGCCUGCAGUUGGCUUCCUCAGCUUGGUGUCUGGCUUCCGUCUGCAAAUUCAGCGUCAUCAUGACUCUACUUUUUGCCUGUUGGGUGAAAAAAAAUAUUCUUUCCAUUAUUUUUUUCUUCUUGGGUCUCGUAGAAAGUCCUGAGGUCAUUAUAGGAUACAAUUUACCAUUGUUUCACAGUCAGUGUAACUGUUUAUUAGUUCAGUUUUGUGACCGAUAAAGAAUCUAGUGGUAUAAUUUGAUGGAGUAACCCAACCAUUUUCAUUAGAAGGUUUGAAAACAACAAUUUAGAUUAUUUAUUUUCAUGUUUUUCAUAUGUAAAUAUUUUUUCAAAUUUAGCCUCAAACGCUCAGAAAACUGAACUAAUGAACGUCUCUGUGAACCUUCACUUGAUCUUGUUCCGUUCAUAAAGUUUGGUGGAAAACCCUGGUUUUUAAUACGUUUUCAUGCAUCCUGGCAUGUUCUCCUCCACCAGUCUUACACAGUGCUUUUGGAUAACUUUAUAACUUUAAAUAAAGAUAAUAAUAACAAUUAUUAUCCUUAUCCACAUGGGCUCUUUUGGCUUGGGGGCCCUCAGUGGCUGUACAUUUCUCAACAUCUCUGAAAUGUGCAGAAAACUGAUAAACUGAUGAACAUGACUCGGACCCUUCACUUGAUCUUGUUCCGUUAUAUGUGGGCAGCGUUGGUACCAGGUGUAAUUGCAUGGUGUAACUGUUUUACUUCUCCAAAAUUCGUCACUCAUUCCAAAGAAAAGUCUGCAGGGUUGACCCAUGAGGUUGACCGAGGGCUUUGCUCAUGUUGGGUAGAGGAAGUGGCUGGUUCCUCUCUGAGAAUGUACUGUGACCCUAUUCUGAAUUUACAGGAGGACACUGAGGGUGGAAUUCAUGCUCGUCUUUAUGUUUCGACUUCAAAUCAUGAGUGUCUUUUAGAUCAUGAGUGUCACAUAGUAUUGUAUUGUACUGUCUGAACUGGACUAUUUAUUGUAUUCAUAUAUGAACUGUGAGACAAUAAACUAUUUUUCAUGAUA